AUGAAUAAAGAAAAAUACAAGUUAUUCCAGGAUGAUUUUAAGGAAGAUUGUAAAACUAUAAUGAAUAAAGUAGGAUUUUACAGCGAUGAAAAUUUUAAAACAGAUGAUGAACUCACUAAAGAAGAAAUUGAAGACUGUAUUUGGCCUAAAUAA